AAUAGCGAGCAUUUAAUACCGUGGGACAACUCGGCUCAACUUUGACGAAUACCCCAACUGAGAUCCCGUAUUUCGAUCUCGUCCUUGCUUCACACUUUGGUUACCACGUAACUCGACCGUUGACCCUAUCUUACAAGGCUCUGACUGAUCUAUACGGACGUUGUCAUGAUCUGAUCAGUGACUCAAGUCCUGCCAGGUCCUGCACCGAACCGAGCGGAGUAAAGAGAAAUCCUUGCAGAAGAAGAUGGAGCCUGAACCUGAGUCAUUUUCAUGUGGACGACUCCCUCCAGAGAUGUGGCAAACGGUCCUAAGCCAUCUCCCGCAGUCCACGACGCCAGAAUGCUUGUUCGUCUGCAGACUCUUCCACGACCUCGCUGCUCGUCUGCUCUUCGCAACGGUUCGCAUCGAAUUCGGAUCGUGGAAGCUCAUGUGUGGCGUUGAUGACAACACUCCUGAGGGAGAAAUUGGGCGCAGAUCGUCCUGCUUGUUGCUGCGCAUCAUCACGGAUCCCAUAUUUGCCUCCUAUGUCAAGCAUCUCUAUGUACUUGUCUUUGCAAACAGAGACGUGGCCUUUGAGCUAUGUUGUUUGACGAAAGCCAUCAGCGCCUUGCACAAUCUACGCACCUUCGCGUGGUACACUGAUAGUGAUCCCUCCGAGAGAGCUAUAGUGCCAGACAACGAGCACUUGGAAACAUUGGCAUCCACAUGCGUUCAUCUGUGCGAAUAUGAUCUACCAAUGGACAGUUUGAAUGAGCUACAAGCCGUCAAGCGAUUACCGGCAACAAAUGUUGCACUGUAUUCUACCCGGCGAGAACCAAUUUGGGACUUUGACGUGACUUACGACAACUACCACUGGGAUUUCGCAUCGCUACUUGAGGCGCGCAAAGGAUCCCUGACUCGGCUUACUGCACCGGGCCAGGCGGUCUGGGAUUGCCCGAUACACACACUGCAGGGAUUGACUCAUCUGACGAUCACCGACGCUCGCCGUCUCAGCAACAUCACGCUCCUAUUCCAUCACUGCGAGCGGCUCGAGUACUUGCAUAUCGUCCUCAACGAUGACCCGCCAGACCUCUUCGCUGCUCUGGCAGCAGAUCCUGCUGCACUUCCCCGCCUAACGCACUUCAAGCUCUACACGCCUCCAGCGAAUCCCGCGGGGUUGGAUGCUUUGGCGGGCUUCCUCCGCACGAAGAAGCGAUUACGGUGCCUAGACUACAGUGACGGGGAGGCCAGCGACAUCGAGGAUAUGGCGCCUGUCAUCUCUGCAAUCCAGUCACUACCCACCUUGGAAGUAUUAGGCCUCCAUAUUGCACUUCACGUCAACGGGCCGGCCCAAUUCGACGCUCUAAAGAGUGCAAUUCCGGCUAGCGUAACAGCGCUGUCUGUGGUGCUUGACUACAGCGAUUUGGACGAGAGUUGCUCAUGGAUUGAAGUGUGGACAGGCCUACCAAUGCUCGCUUUCGCGUACGUUGACUAUGACAGGGAUCAUCCGAUGAUGGACAUGCUCGAGCUUGCCACAGCCACGAGGUCUCUCAAGCUUGUAGGCCAACGUUCACGCUUCUACGAGGUUCAGCGGGCGGAAGACGGCGUGACGCUCAGCCAGCCUUGGUCGCUCACCAAGACCGAGUUCCGUACGGCAGCCGAUUUUGGAUGCGAAGACUGGGAGUGGUUGAUGCGGGACCUCUUUCCUGGACGAGACUAUUGAUGGCUGUGCCUAGCUCAAAAGGUGUCAUGUACCCAG